AUGCAAGAAGUUCAAGUAUCUAGGCGGGCGCGUCCUGAUCGGGUUGCGCCACUGGAGUUCCACAACGAAUUGAGGGUCGGACACGAGCACGAUACUUCCAAUGCAUCCCGCAGGGAUGCUCUUCCGAGGUCUGCAAUCAAGCUCGUGGCGCGCGCGUCGCGAGGCUUUCUCACCAACUCGAAGAGAGACCACCGCAUUUUUUGA